AUGGAGGACAGGGAUGUUGUGAGUUGGAAUGUAAUGAUAGAUGGGUAUACUCAGCAUGGAAGGCCAAAUGAUGCUUUUGUUCUUUUCAGGAAAAUGUUGAAGGCCAACCUGAAGCCUAAUGAAGUAACUUUACUAGCAGUUCUCUCUGCUUGUGGGCAACUUGGAGCACUGGAGUCAGGCAGGUGGGUUCAUUCGUACUUAAAGAAUAAUGGGAUUGAGAUCAAUGUUCACGUGGGUACUGCAUUGAUUGAUAUGUAUAGCACAUGUGGUAGUUUGGAGGAUGCACGCUUGGUUUUUGAUAAGAUUAAGAAUAAGGAUAUUAUUGCUUGGAAUUCGAUGAUUGUGGGGUAUGCAAUGAAUGGAUUUAGCCAAGAAGCUUUGCAAUUGUUCAGUGACAUGUGUGGGAUGUUGCUCCACCCCACUGAUAUAACAUUUAUUGGGUUGGGCUUUUUCCGUUCAAUGAAAGAUGAAUUUGGUAUUGAACCAAAGAUUGAGCAUUACAGAUGUAUGGUGAAUCUUCUAGGCCGAGCUGGGCAUUUGAAAGAGGCAUACCUACUUGUCAAGGGCAUGAAGAUUGCCCCUGAUCCUGUUUUGUGGGAAACAUUACUUGGUGCCUGUAGGCUUUAUGGAAAUAUUGGUUUGGCAGAGGAAAUUGUAAGGUUCCUUGUGGACCAUAAUCUAGCCAAUUCAGGAACUUACAUUCUUCUUUCUAACAUAUAUGCCGCCACAGGCCGUUGGGAUGGGGUGGCAAGGACGAGAACCCUGAUGAAAGACAGUGGUGUACAAAAGGAGCCGGGUUGUAGCUCAAUUGAAGUGAAUAAUAAGGUGCAUGAGUUCCUUGCUGAGCAAAGAAAUAUAUAUGAUGAUGGAGGAGGUAAAUGGGGUUGGCUUAAGGCUCAUGGUUACACACCACAGACAGAUAUAGUAUUACAUGAUAUUGGAGAGAUUGAAAAGGAGCAGUCACUUGAAGUUCACAGUAAAAAGUUUGCUAUUGCUUUUGGGCUUAUUAGUACUCGACCAGGAACUACAAUCAAGAUUUUCAAGAACCUUCGGGUGUGCUCAGAUUGUCAUGUCGUAACCAAACUCAUCUCAAAAAUCACAGAUCGUAGGAUUGUUGUGAGGGAUCAGAAUCGGUUCCACCACUUUGUGGAUGGCUCAUGUCUUGUGGUGAUUACUGGUGAACUGUAUGUAUCAAUUUCUCCUACCAGAAGCAACAGCUCCUAA